UCGUUAAGUUGUCAAAAACUCAACGACAACUCUGGAAAACAACAAUCAUCCUCUGUGUUUUCUCAUUUAGUAAGUUUUUCUCGUAAAAAAAUGGCUCUUGCUGAUGUCUGUGGGCUCUCAUUGAAUUCCUUCGAUGAUCCAUCAGUUCUGAAAUUCCGUGGAACUCAGAAUUUGUGCGAAAACUGGGAGAAUCCUCUGCAGCUUGCAGUUCCUCCGUUUGAGAAUCCUGCUGAGAAUCUGGCCAAACUGCAGGACUACGGUGCUUCAACUGGGAUCAAAAUUGACUUUGAUCAUGGUACCACAACAUUGGGAUUCAGAUUUGAGCAUGGUGUCAUCAUGGCUGUGGAUUCCCGAGCCACCGGAGGGCAGUUUAUCGGGUCCAAUAACAUGAAGAAGGUCAUAGAGAUCAAUGAAUAUCUCCUGGGAACUAUCGCUGGAGGAGCUGCUGAUUGUGUCUAUUGGGAUCGUGUUCUGACCAAGGAAUGCCGUUUGCAUGAGCUGCGCAAUCGGGAACGGAUCUCAGUGGCAGCUGCUAGCAAAAUCAUGGCCAAUAUCAUUUUCAAUUACAAGGGAAUGGGAUUGAGUAUGGGAAUGAUGCUGGCUGGGUACGAUAAACGUGGUCCUGGGCUGUACUACAUUGAUUCCGAGGGCAGCAGGACUCCCGGGAAGGUGUUUUCUGUGGGUAGUGGCUCUGUCUAUGCCUAUGGUGUCCUGGAUUCGGGAUACAAGUGGGAUCUGAAGGAGGAGGAAGCCUAUGAAUUGGCUCGUCGGGCAAUCUACCAUGCGACACACAGGGAUGCCUAUUCCGGUGGUACCAUCCGCGUCUAUCACAUGACGAAGAAUGGAUUUAUUCACAUCAGUGAUGAGGAUUGCAUGGAUCUCCAUUACAAGUAUCAGGAUGAGAAACUCCAGAAGUACGGACCGUAGGGAGUUUCAGGGAGGUUUUUUUUUCUAUCAAUAAAUUGCUUUUAAAAGA